AUGCGACGGUGGAAUUCCAUCACCGUCAAGAUUGUCGUAGCUGCUCUGUGCAGCUACGCUGUCUUUAGCAUUCUCCUCGGCGAUCGAGAGACUUAUAAUUCAACGCGAAACCUAGUCCGCGCUGGUCAGCGCCGGAUAUAUGGCUCGACUUUUGAUCGCAUCAAUAACGAGACGCUCGGGUUUGAAAAAGUCUUUGCGAUCGGACUGAAGGAGCGAUCGGAUAAGCGCGAUUUUCUCACUCUGGCGGCUUCUGUCAGCGAUAUCAAGGUCGAAUGGAUUGAUGGAAGAUAUAACACGUCAUGGUUGAAGCCUACGGUUGCUGGCUGUUGGCGCGCGCAUAUGAAUGCGAUGCAAGAAAUAGUAAACAACCGAUACUCUACGGCUCUAAUUCUGGAGGAUGACGCCGACUGGGACGUUUCCAUACGGCAACAGCUUCGCGAAUUUGCUCAAGGGGUGCGGACGAUAACCAAUAACCAAAAAGCACCUAAGCAAACACCUUACGGCACCAAUUGGGAUGUUCUCUGGGUGGGAGGCUGUUCGGCGGGCCCUGGAUCGCAAGAAUCAAACAUCUACGCCGUCCCGAAUGAUCCCACGGUGGCGGCUGUCCGACACCGGCGUAACAUCUGGGGAGGGCCCUCUGAGACAUGGAAGAAGAAGCAUCCCGAGUAUCCGGAGGACUCGACGCGGUAUAUCUUCCGUGCGCAGACGGGAUGUUGUACGUACGGGUACGCCGUGACCUAUGAAGGUGCGAGGAGGAUGAUUGCCGCGUUGUCGGUUGAUUAUAUGGAUCUGGCCAUCGAUAACUCCAUGAGCGAUAUGUGUGCUGGCAACAAUCGUGAACAGAUACGCUGCUACGGUCCGUAUCCCAACAUCAUCGGGACCUACAAACAGGCCGGCUUUGCGUCGCGGGGGUCCGAUAUCGAGGUGUACAACGACGAGUAUCACGAGGCCAGCGCACACAAUAUGAUCUACAGCACUAGGAUGAACAUCCAUCGGCUUCUUGCAGGAGACGACACGGUUUCUGGACAAUAUGCUGAUGAACAGGAUACGUGGCUCAAGGGCGAGGUCAAGAUCAGUGAGCUCCAGUAUCCGGCUGGUCGUCUGGUUCCUUGA